AUGAAUGCCAAGACAGCCGCCAUGCUAGGUCCAGGCGAAGCAGCUGCCGAUGGCGGUGGUGCCGGCAUAGGUGGAGAAGGUCCCGGAGAUGGUCCCGGUGAAGGCCCCAUGGGUCCCAUCGACGGAGACAUUGGCGGAGCUGGUGGAGAAGACGGCAGCAUGGGUUGCAUUCCGGGUGCCGCCAUUGGGGGUGAUGGCCCCAUACUCGGCGGCGGUGUGGACAUUGGUGGCAUUGCAGGUGGAGCCAUGGUGGCGGUGGGUGGUGGUGUAGCCAUGGCGGACGGAGACAUCGCCGGAGAUGGGGUUGGAGCUUGA